AUGCCCGGCGGGAAACGCGGGCUGGUGGCGCCGCAGAACACCUUCCUGGAGAACAUCGUGAGGAGGUCCAGCGAGACGAGCUUCCUGUUGGGGAACGCUCAGAUCGUGGAGUGGCCCGUCGUCUAUAGCAACGAUGGAUUCUGUAAACUGUCGGGGUUCCACAGGGCAGAGGUCAUGCAGAAGAGCUCCACCUGCAGCUUCAUGUACGGCGAACUCACCGAUAAAAAGACCAUUGACAAAGUGCGUGAGGCGUUUGAUAACUACGAGUCCGACUGCUUUGAGAUCCUGCUGUACCGAAAGAACCGAAGUCCAGUGUGGUUCUACAUGCAAGUGGCUCCCAUCAGAAACGAGAACGACAAAGUGGUUCUGUUCCUCUGCACCUUUAAAGACAUCACCCUGUUCAAGCAGCCAAUCGAGGACGAGAACACCAAAGGCUGGACCAAGUUUGCCCGUCUGACCCGUGCUCUGACCACAAACAGGAACAGUCUGCAGCAGCUGGCGCCCCCUGUGGGCAAACAUGAGUGCCACAAGCAGAGCCGACUCGCUGAGGUUCUCCAGCUGAACUCAGACAUCCUGCCUCAGUACAAACAGGAGGCUCCAAAGACUCCUCCUCACAUCAUCCUUCACUACUGCACCUUUAAGACCACCUGGGACUGGGUGAUCCUCAUCCUCACCUUCUACACGGCCAUCAUGGUCCCAUACAACGUGUCCUUCAAGACCAAGCAGAACAACGUGACCUGGCUGGUGCUGGACAGCGUGGUGGACGUCAUCUUUCUGGUGGACAUCGUAUUAAACUUCCACACCACGUUCGUAGGACCUGGAGGAGAGGUGAUCUCUGACCCAAAGCUCAUCCGAAUGAACUAUCUGAAGACCUGGUUUGUGAUCGACCUGCUGUCCUGUCUGCCCUAUGACAUCAUCAACGCCUUUGAGAACGUCGAUGAGGGUAUCUCGUCCCUGUUCAGUUCUCUUAAGGUGGUCCGGUUGCUCCGUUUGGGUCGAGUCGCUCGUAAACUGGACCAUUACCUGGAGUACGGAGCUGCUGUUCUGGUUCUGCUCGUCUGUGUGUUUGGACUAGUCGCUCACUGGCUCGCAUGCAUCUGGUACAGUAUUGGGGACUACGAGGUGAUCGAUGAAGUGACUAACAGUAUCAAGUCAGACAGUUGGCUGUACCAGUUGGCGUUGAGUAUGGGUUCUCCGUACAGGUUUAACAGCAGUGGUUCUGGGAGGUGGGAGGGAGGUCCGGGGAAACACUCUCUGUACAUCACGUCUCUGUACUUCACCAUGACCAGCCUCACCACCAUCGGCUUCGGGAACAUCGCCCCCACCACCGACGGAGAGAAGAUCUUCUCUGUCGCCAUGAUGAUGGUCGGAUCUCUGCUUUAUGCCACCAUCUUUGGAAACGUGACGACCAUCUUCCAGCAGAUGUACGCCAACACCAACCGCUACCACGAGAUGCUCAACAACGUCCGAGACUUCCUCAAACUCUACCAGGUCCCCAAAGGUCUGAGCGAGAGGGUCAUGGACUACAUCGUCUCCACCUGGUCCAUGUCCAAGGGCAUAGACACAGAGAAGGUUUUGUCCAUUUGUCCCAAAGACAUGAGAGCCGACAUCUGCGUCCACCUCAACCGCAAGGUGUUUAAUGAGCACCCAGCGUUCCGCCUGGCCUCAGACGGGUGCCUGCGUUCUUUGGCCGUACAGUUUCAGACCACCCACUGUGCGCCCGGGGACCUGAUCUUUCACGCGGGCGAGAGCGUGGACACCCUCUGCUUCGUGGUGUCGGGGUCACUGGAGGUCAUCCAGGACGACGAGGUCAUCGCCAUCCUCGGUAAAGGGGACGUUUUCGGGGACGUGUUCUGGAAGGAGACGUCGUUAGCUCACGCCUGCGCCAACGUCCGCGCGCUCACCUACUGCGAUCUCCACGUCAUCCGGAGAGACGCCCUGCUCAAAAUCCUCGAGUUUUACACCGCCUUCGCCAACUCCUUCUCACGCAACCUCAUCCUCACCUGUAACCUACGGAAACGGGUCAUUUUCCGUAAAAUCAGCGAAGUUCGAAAGGAGGAGGAGGAGCGGGAACGCGCCAAGAACGAAGUCCAGCUCACCAUCCCCCAAGACCACCCAGUCCGAAAACUAUUCCAGAAAUUCAAACAACAAAAAGAGCUACGCCACCAGGGAUCAAACUCCGUCGAUCUGGAAAAAAAUCAAAUCCAGGCCGAACACCAAAACCUGCACCAGCUCGGUCACUCCAGCCUCCAGCACUCCCUCCCUCUGAGCCGAUCCUUCCAGAACGGAGCCCCCGUCAGCAGCAGCGUCCUGACGGUUUCGCAGAUAACGCCGAUGCAAACGUACACUGACAGUACGACAAAACCGAACAACUGCGACGUAAUGGAGGGCGUGGAGCAGGCGGUGAGAGCCAAAGCCAGCCCGGGCACGACGCUGGCGAAAACAGCAAAGGCGAGCGCUUGGAUGAGGUUAAAAAACAACAUGGCGGCUUCCGAAGUGAGGAAAGACGGUUUGAAUAACAAGGCGGCGUCGGCGGAGAUGCUGACCCAAGAUGGGAAGAAGCAAGAGAUCACCGCGGAGACGGAGGAAAGCGGGAAUUUGCGGAAAACGGAUUCGUGCGACAGCGGGAUUACAAAAAGCGAGCAGAGGAUUGAUCUCCACAGCCCCCUCCAGAGCUCGGGGGGAUCUCCGCAGCCGCUGUACCCGGGGUCGGAGCCUCUCAUUCGGGCGGCGCUGCACGAGACCAGGGCGGAGCUCCGCGCGGACAUCCAGACGCUUGGGGGCAGGCUGGGGCGGCUGGAGGCGCAGGUGAAGCAAAUUAUUGAACUGUUAUCGGACAAACGAGGUGAAGACGAAGAAGAAGAGGGGAAGGAGGAGACAGGGCCGACCGGAGCAGACAGGUGCAGACAGGAGCACAAAGACAAAGCAGCGACACAGAAGCAGGACAUAUUCACUGUGUCCAGACCUGUGACGCCGGAGUCUCAGAGGGCCGAGGGGCUCUGA